GCCCCUCCAGGAGGAAGAUCUGCGAUGAAAACCCACAGCAGGGGGAGGAAACCAGUGUUCUAGCUCAGAUCAGCAAACUCAGCAGCUCCGGGGUGGCUCACUGGACUAGCUGCUCCAGAGGAAAGAGCAGGUCGAGAUGACCACAGCUACCCCUUUGGGGAGUACCACCUUCUUCUCAUUGAACAUGACCACCAGAGGAGAAGACUUUCUGUACAAGAGUUCUGGAGCCAUCGUUGCUGCCAUUGUGGUGGUUGUCAUCAUCAUCUUCACCGUGGUUCUGAUCUUGCUGAAGACGUACAACAGGAAAAUGAGGACAAGACGGGAGCUGGAGCCCAAGGUCCCCAAGCCAGCCUCCCCUUCUGCCCUGGGCCCAAACAGCAACAGCAGUCAACACCCUGCAACUGUGACCUUCAGCCCUAUUGACGUCCACGUGGAGACUCGGUGACCCCCCAUCCUGGGUGCUGUCUUGGCCACUGUCCAAAGAGCCUUCAGUCAAGACCAAGAAGCACAUUUCUCCUCUGGCAGCUUCACUAUGAGUUUGUUCCGUUCAGGUCAACAGGGGCAUCUCUUAUGCAAUCCCUGAUGCUUCAGGCAACCCCCAACCCCAUCCUGCCGGGCCCCACCCCAGGUACGUCCAUAUCCCUGCUGCCACCCUUCCAAAAAGCUGUGCUAUUUUGGGAAUCCACUGCUGUGGGUUUAGCUGUCUCCCCCCAAACACAAUAGCUAGACAGACAGACAGACAGACCGGCAGAUAGCCCAGGAGUCUUCUGGUCAGGAGUCAGGGGUCAGGGCAUGCUCCUGAGAGGGUCUGCCUGAGGUUAUAUCGGAGGAAGAGCCAUAUCCACAGCUUUGUAGAGCAAAAUAGUCAAUCCCAUAAUCAGACACAGGGGAACUAACUUGGACUAACUCACCAAAAACCCAGCUUGUUAAUUUAUAACUUGUUCCAGUGCUAAAUGACUGCUAGCUAGCUCAUGAUGAUUGAUCAGCACAUUUCUCCCUCUUUAAGAAAGGUUUUGGGAAAAACUGGAUUCUUCUCCGAAGGUGUCUACUUCUUUAGUAAAGAGUCAAAGUCGAAGACAUAGGAUGACCUUGAGGAAGAAUGGCAUCUAGGAUGAAAGCUUGUUGUAGUGUCCAUGGGCCUGGAAUGAGCCUGGCAUCUGGUCAGGGCCCCCCCCCCCCACGGGGGCUGGAUUAACCUUGACUCAGUCUCAUUUCUUGGCUUCCCUCUAUUUGGAUUCUGAGCAAUCCUCACUCUCCAGUUACCAUCUUACCUCCAAGGUCCAGUAUUUGGAGACUGAUUAGAUUACGACUCUAUUUAUGUUACCUCUGCCCUUCCUGGUCACCUUGCAAAGAUUCAGGAUAUAUUCAAAGUACCACAUUCACAAACCAUUCCUCUGGACAGAACUCAUCUCUUUGACACUUUAGCCUGGAGAACAAUCUACUGAAAGAGGAAAGCAUUUUGGAGUUAAGAAGACCUGCCUUCCAAGCCCUAUUUCCUGGUUUUGUGGCCUUGGGAAAGUGACUUGACCCUCCAUAUUCUGUUUCCUAACAUGAAAUGGGAAUAACGUCUGCCUCACUGGGUGACUAUAACAAGCCAAGGACUUAGUAAAGCAGCUUAGGUAGUGCCUGGCACCCAGCAGAUGCUUUAUAAAUGGGAGCCAGCGUUAUUAUGACAAAUUUCUUCCAUUGUAAGACAUACACUUGUUCCCAUUUUAAUGAUUCUGAAAUCAGAAUAUGUCUUAAAAUUGAUGGGUCCACUAAUAAGGUUGCAUUUUUUUUCUCUCUCUCUCUCAAAAAGCUGUUUUUUAGCCAGUUGUGCAUUUUACAAUUGAAGGCAUCUUGGAAACAAGGUAAUAAAUCUGUAUUCUAUUACAGACAGUGACACACUCUGACAUUUAACCUUAAAUUCUAGGAGUGUCUCCUUCUGAGGGAAAACUGAGGGUCAGGAGGUAAGAAGACUGACACAGGGUCACACAGUUCAUGUCAUCCCACUAUAAAAAUGCUCACUUGAAUGUAUCUGGAGAAAUACAGGCAAAUUCUUUCUCCCCAGACAUCUCUUCUCCCUCCUGUGUUUAAAUAUCCACCAGACACUUUGCAAGGUGCUUUUACAUAAGUUAUGUCAUGGGAUUUGUUUUUCCCAAUAACCCUGGGAGGUAUUAUUUUUCCCAUUUGCCAAUGAGAAUUUCAAACUCAAGAAGAAAAAAUACUCGCUCAAAGUCUCACAGCUUGUGAGACAGUAAGUUGCAAAGACAAGACUCAAACCCUGGUCUCUUCGACUCCAAAGUCCAUCUUUUUGUUGUAUCACACUCUUCCCUAACAUCCCGGCUCAAGGAACAUGGAUUCUUUUGUGAGCUGAACAAGAGGAGGACAGGCUUACCCAUGUGUCUGGGUGGAGGUCGGGGGUCAGCUUCCACACCAAAAGUGGGGCAAAGUCACUUUGGUAGCCUCCUUUGGGCUUCCAUGAUUAUAGACAAAGGGGCCCUUUCCAAAUCCAUCCAAGCUCUGAGGAUUUCUGCUUCAUUCCCCCACCACUUAGGCCCAAGGGGCAAGGCAUGAGAUGGCCUCGAACCAGGGCAAAGCCAUUUAAGGACUCAAGCCCACAUAGAUAUGUUUCCCAGAUGUAUUCUGCUUUAAAAAAA